AUGCCCCUCCGAUUGGACGUACGCAAGAAACUUUCAUCGCGUUCCGAUCGGGUGAAAGCUGUUGAUCUUCAUCCCUCCGAACCAUGGAUUUGUGCUUGUCUUUACAACGGGAAUGUGCAUGUUUGGAAUAUCGAGUCACAACAGUUGAUCAAGACUUUCGAAGUCUGUUCUGUUCCUGUUCGUGCUGUUCGUUUUGUCGCGCGUAUGAAUUGGAUUGUUACUGGUGCCGAUAAUCAAUGUCUGACUGUUUAUAAUUAUAACACCUUGGAACGAGUGCAUCAGCAGGUGGAAGCACACGGAGAUUACAUUCGCUCGAUUGUUGUGCAUCCAUCACAACCACUUAUCCUUACAUGCUCGGACGAUGUGACGAUUCGGCUGUGGGAUUGGGAGAAAAAUUGGAAAUGUGCUCAGAUCUUCAAUGGUCACUCACACUAUGUGAUGCAGCUGGUGAUCAAUCCAAAGGACAACAACACCUUCGCCAGUGCCUCGCUCGACUGUACGGUGAAGGUGUGGUCACUUGGCUCACCACAGGCUAACUUCACGUUGGAAGGUCAUGAGAAAGGUGUGAAUUGUGUGGACUAUCAUCCAAGUCCAGAUAAACCUUACUUGGCCAGCGGGUCAGACGACCACACGGUGCGAAUUUGGGACUAUCAGACAAAGCUUUGCGUGCAGGUGCUCGAGGGCCAUGUACAGAAUGUCACCGCCCUUGCUUUCCACACCGAACUUCCAGUCAUUCUCACUGGUUCUGAGGAUGAUACCGUACGCGUGUGGCAUUCCACCACGUACCGCCUCGAAUCAACUCUCAAUUACGGUCUGGGUCGCGUUUGGACCGUGCAGUGUCGUGGGGUGGGCGGACGCCAGACCGUUGUAGGCGUGGGCUACGACGAAGGCACUGUAGUGAUUGCACUCGGUCGUGAACACCCUGCCGUAUCCAUGGACGCCUCAGGCAAAUUAGUGUGUGCCCGACAUAGCGAAAUGGUGAACGCCAACCUGCGCUCCGUGAUCGCAGCAACAGUGGCAGUGGGUGGGGGCGGGGGCGGUGGUGCCCCAGGAACUGCAGAAGGAGCUGCAAGAGAGGGUGGAGUAAUUGAAGAUGGAGCUCGCUUACCAGUGGUCUACAAGGAAAUGGGUGCUUCGGAAAUCUUCCCCCAUACAGUAGCUCACAACAGCAACGGUCGCUUUUUAGCGGUCUGUGGCGAUGGUGAGUACGUCAUCUACACAGCGAUGGCCCUGCGUAACCGGACUUUUGGUUCAGCUCUCGAGUUUGUUUGGUCACAGGCUGAUCCGAACGUUUAUGCUGUGCUGGAGAACAAUUCCACCUUCAAGAUUUUUAAGAAUUUUAAGGAGGCCAAAUGCGUAAAAAUGGAUUUUGGAGCAGAUCAAAUUUUUGGUGGACACUUACUAGGCGUUCGCUCAGUGGCCGGAUUCACGUUCUACGAUUGGUCGACUGGUGCGUUGGUGCGCCGAAUCGACGUCUCUCCAGUGUCGGUUUAUUGGUCGGAAAAUGGUAAUCAAGUGGCUAUUUGCACAAAAGAUACCUUCUACAUCCUUCGAUAUAGACCAGAGCUUAUUGUGGAAGCCAUGGCUCAAGGCGUCUCCGAUCCUGAUGGCAUUGAAGCCGCUUUUGAGUUAAUUCCUGAUGGUGAAGUUAAGGAAUCCGUAAAGACCGGCUGCUGGUUUGGUGAGGCCUUCCUCUUCACUAACUCCACGAAUCGUCUCCAGUACUACGUAGGCGGUGAACUCGUCUCCGUUGCCCAUCUUGAUCAGCCUAUGUACCUCCUCGGCUACCUUGCCUCCGAAAGUCGUGUCUUCCUCAUUAAUCGCGAUCUCAAGGUUGUCAGCUACACCCUCUCACUCUCUGUUUUGGAGUACGAGAGUGCUGUACUGCGUGGUGACUUCGAGUCCGCCGAUGCCAUUCUUCCAAGCAUUCCGACAUCAGCGAGGACGAAGGUGGCUCACUUCUUGGAGCGUCAGGGAUUCAAGCAGCAGGCCAUGCGAGUGACCGUGGACCCAGAACAUAAAUUUGACCUUGCCAUCCAGUUGGACGACGUGACCACAGCGCACGAAUUGAUCAAAGGGGAGGAGGAUGUGGAGGGAAACGAGGCAAAGUGGAAACAGCUUGCGGAAGUGGCUUUAAAGGCGUGCAACUUCUCCUUGGCUCAGGAAUGUUUCGCUAUGACGCAAGACUACGCAAGUUUCCUCCUCAUCGCCAGCAGUUGUGGUGAUGUUGACAUGAUGCAAAAGUUGGCCUCCGAUGCUUCUGCACAGCAAGUUGAUAAUCUCGCCUUCCUUGCUCAUUUCCUGCUUGGCAACCUCGAGGCGUGCUUUGAGAUGUUGGUAAAGGAUGAGAAAUACCCUGAGGCGGCGUUCUUUGCGCGCACCUACCUCCCGAGUAAGGCUUCGGAGGCGGUGGAAAAGUGGCGAAAGUGGCUUCAAGCCACGCAUCCAAAGGCGGCUGAAGCUCUUGCGAAUCCAUCUCAGUACCCAAAUCUUUUUCCCCACUGGGAGGAGUGUCUUGCCGCAGAAAAGUGGCUGGCGGAAGACCAUAAAAAACACAAAGGAUUGCCCGCCACAGCCUAUCCCCAGGAAACACCUUUGUGGGAACGCAAUAUCGCCGAGGAGAUGAUCGCGUCCAAGCCCCUAUCAGCUGACCUCAUGGAUGUUGAAAAUGAAAUGGAGUUCAUGCCAACCCCACCCCAUGAUCCAGUGGAGGAAUUAUUCGGUACUCAAGACGGGCUAAAAACAGAGGAGAAGACAAAGGAUGGAUUUGCGCCUUUUCUCGACUUCGAAGACGAGCCCAGGAAGUUAAGUCCCCAAUUUUCAAAAUCUCCAGAAGAAAAAAUAGAAGGGGAGAAUAUUCUUGCGCCUCUGGAACCCCCAGUCCCGGUUAUUGAUGAAGGCAAGAGCGAUCCCAUCGAUGAGUUGCUGAAGCUAUCGGAAGUUCACAUAACGAAAAGUGCUCCUCGAAACGACAUAGAGGAGGAGGAAGAACAAGAUGAGGAGGGAGAACAAGAAUAUUCAUUUCAUGAUGCUGGACAGCAGGAAAAUGCACCAAAUCCAUUUACAUCCCUCUCCACCCCAGGAAAGCAACUCUUCGGAUUGGACGACUUUGAUGCAGAAUUGGAGCAUCAGUUGGCAACCUUCAAUACUGCCCCUAAUGAGAGCCUUCAAAAACCCUCAAACGAGGGGAAGAAGAAAGGCAUCACCGACGAUGGUGGCUGGAGCGACGAAAGCGGUGAUGACGAAUAUGAGUGA